AUGUGGGCGAUUCCUUUACUCCUAGCCCUCCCAUGGGCAUCCGCCAACCCCGUCUCGGUGCCAUCCUCCUCCGCACCGAGCUCCACCGCAACCCCGACCAACCCCAACCCUAAACCCCUCCUCAGCGACUUCGACGCCCUCGGCGCGUGGUUCGACGGCGUCGCCUCCAUCCGCCCCUCCCACCACCCAAACCUAACCAACACCGAAACCGCAAAAUUAAAAAACACCUCCAUCGCCAUAAUCGGCGGCGGCAUCUCGGGCCUCUCCACAGCGCUCUUCCUCGACUCCGUGGGUGUGCAUAACUGGGAGAUCAUUGAGGCGAGCGAGCGUGUUGGUGGCCGGUUCAGGACCAAGUAUGUGGGUAAUUCGAGUGAGUGGGCGGAGAUGGGGCCGAUGAGGUUGCCGUAUCGCGUGCGGUGGGAUGAUGGGGAGGUGCUGGAGUAUAGUGAUCAUGCGAUGGUUUGGGAUUUGGUCGAGAAGCUAAAUAACAUGAAUAACGGGGACGAGAAGUUGAAGGUGGAUUUCAUUCCGUGGGUGCAGCAUCAUGAGAAUGAACUCAUCGCGCAGGAUACAAAGCGCCAUCCUGAUGGGUCUAUCCCAACCCGCGGCGAGAUCGAGGCCAAUCCAUCCCUCGAAGAGUCCAGUGGUGUGUCCACAGAACAAUAUACAACCACCCAAAAUCACAUGGACGCAAUCCUAAAAGACAAACCCACCCUGAAAUCCAUCCAACGCGACCCCUGGCGCGCCCACAAGAAAGCCAUGGACGCCGGCCUCGACGACUGGAGCCAGCAAGCCAUGAUGCGGCACGUCUUCGGGGCCUCUGAGAACGUCACCGAUCAGAUCUGGACAGACACUGAUUACGACGUGUUCUGGGACGAGCUGCAUCAUAAUUCGAACCUUGGCUUAGAUGGGAGUAAGGGGAGUAUGGGGGAGACGGAGUGGAUGUGUAUUGAGGGGGGGUUUGAUCGGUUGAGUGAGGCUUUUGUUCCGCAUGUUAGGGAUCGGUUGAUGCUCAAUCGGAAGAUUCGCAAAGUCGAACCUGUUACGGAUGUCGAUGGGAAGACGAAGACGAAACUAUCCUGGUAUCCAAGCGUCUCAAAUCGCACCUUCGAGUCAAAGGAAUACGACUACACAAUCAUGGCCAUCCCCUUCACGCAAACCCGCUUUAUGGACCUCCCAACUUACACCUCCGUGCUUGACCGCGCAAUCAGCGAAGCAGGCCUGCGCUUCAAAUCAGCCUGCAAAGUCGCGCUACUCUUCUCGGAGCGGUUCUGGGAAAAGGGUGAUAAGCCGAUUUUCGGCGGAUACUCCAAGCCUCCGAGUAAUGCUAUGGGCGCGUUAUACUAUCCUGUCUAUGGACAUAAUGAGUCGAGGCCGGGUGUCAUUAUCCAAUAUCGUGGUGGUGAUUGGUCGGAUCGGUUGGUCUCCUUCUCGGACGAGGAAUACGUCCAGUCUGUUCUUGAUGCGGUAGUCAGUCUGCACGGCGACCAAGCCCGCGACUAUUACACAGGCGACUACGAAAAACUCUGCUGGUUAGAGGACCCGCACACAGCGACGUCCUGGUGCAGACCGGAUGUCGAGCAGCAUAAGUUGUAUAUCCCCGCUUAUCAUGUCACCGAGCAUAACACGGUUUUCAUCGGGGAGCAUACGGCGCCGACGCAUGCGUGGGUUAGUAGUAGUUUGCAUAGUGCUGUUAGAGGCGUUGUGCAAGUGUUACUGGAUUUGGGGUUGGUGAAUGAGGCGAAGGGGGUUAAUGAGGAGUGGAUGGGGAGGUGGAUUGAGCGGGAUUAA